UCACAGUUUUUUUCAAUCUUGGUUGUUGUCUUUACUAAAUUAUUUCUUAAAAAUAAGUAUUUGAAGAAACAUGGAAAAAGGAAAUACCCCCCAAUUGCAGGAACCUUUUUCCAUCAGCUUCUAAACUUUGACAGGGCUCAUCAUUACAUGACUGAUCUUGCUGCCAAGUAUAAAACAUACAGAUUGUUGGCUCCGUUUCGACAUGAAAUUUACACUUCUGAUCCUGCUAAUGUAGAGUAUAUUCUCAGAACUAACUUUCAGAACUAUGGCAAGGGGGAUUACAACUAUGACAAUCUAAGCGAUCUGCUAGGUGAUGGGAUCUUUGCUGUUGAUGGAGAUAAAUGGCGCAACCAAAGGAAAGUCUCAAGCUACGAGUUCACAACAAGGAUGUUGAGGGAUUUCAGCAGCAAAAUCUUCCAGGAAAAAGCAGUGAAACUAGCAAAAGAAAUCACUAAUGCAGCAAGUUCUAAUCCAAUCAUGGACAUCCAAGACUUGUUUAUGAGAUCGACAUUAGACUCCAUAUUCAAGGUUGCAUUUGGAGUUGAUCUAGACAGUAUGUGUGGCUCAAAUGAAGAAGGUAAAAAAUUUAGCCAAGCUUUUGAUAAUGCUAGUGCUAUGUGCCUGUACAGAUAUGUCGACAUCUUCUGGCGCAUCAAAAGAUAUCUCAACAUUGGUUCAGAGGCAAAUCUCAAGAAAAACAUCAGAAUUGUUGAUGAUUUUGUUUACAAGUUGAUUAGCAACAAAAUUGAGCUACUGCAGAAGUCCCAAGGCAAUAACUCAGAGAUGCAAAUGAAAAAAGAUGACCUCUUGUCCAGAUUCUUGCAGCUGCACACUACCGAUCCAAAAUAUCUGAGAGACAUAAUACAAUUUGUGAUUGCCGGAAAAGACACCACUGCAGCUACUCUUUCGUGGUUUGUUUACAUGCUUUGUAAACACACAGAAGUGCAGGAAAAGAUUGCGGAAGAAGUAAAGAAGGUUUCAGACACGAAAGAGGGUGAGAACACUGCAGAAUUUGCAGCCAGUUUAGAUGAAGAAUUACUCAACAAAAUGCAAUAUCUACACGCAUCAUUGACUGAAACACUCAGACUCUACCCAGCAGUUCCAGUGGAUGGAAAGAUAUGCUUUGCAGAUGAUACACUCCCUGAUGGUUACAGUGUGAAGAGAAGGACCUUGGUAACUUACCAACCCUAUGCAAUGGGAAGAAUGAAAUUUGUUUGGGGCGAUGAUGCAGAGGAUUUUAGACCAGAAAGAUGGCUUGACAAGAACGGUGUUUUUCAACCUGAAAGUCCCUUCAAGUUCACAGCCUUCCAGGCAGGUCCACGGAUUUGUCUCGGAAAGGAAUUUGCUUACAAGCAAAUGAAAAUAUUUUCUGCUGUGCUAUUGAGGAAUUUUAUCUUCAAACUCGGUGAUGAGGAAAGAGCUGUGAAUUACAGGACAAUGAUAACCCUUCAUAUUGAUGGUGGUUUAUUUGUUCGGGCUAUCCCUCGAGAAUAAGGCACCCAUAAAAAUUUAGAGAAUUUCAAACCCCCUCCCCACCCCUCCCCCCACCACCCCCCCCCCCCCCCAAAAAAAAAAAAAAAAAAGAAAAAAAAAAUCACUCCUCUUCCUCCGAAGUUCUGUGAUGUAAUCCCAAUAAUUCGAUAGUACAAGUAAACCUAAUUUCAGCUAAGGGGUUAAGAGGGUGAGUAGUCAAGUUUCAAUUCUCAACUAAGGUUUGUCUGUAUUAAGUGAUUUGAAUCCUCCAAUGUAAUGUACUAAUGUGUAAUGU